AUGGAAACCCUGGGUGAACGUGACGGACACAUACGUGGUACUCCCUUGGUCAGGGUACACUCCUAUGGUAGAGCCAGGGAAGGCAACAUUCAAAGACAACACACUAUUAACAUCGACGAGAGACGACUCGGUCGAGCGUCUGGAGUUUAUUCGACGUCGAGGCCAGCAAUGGCGUCGUUCCACGGCCAUCACAGUCACGUAGCAAUGCAACAUGGCGUCCAGGUUUGCGGUGCCAUGAUGUAUUUCUACGCCAUGUUCAAGCUGGGGAUUGUAGGUGCCAUCUUCCUCAUUGUUGGCAUCAUCAACGUCGGUAUGACAAGCACUGCAAGCACAAGACAGAACUAUCAAGCACAAAAUGCUCUGGCGACGGUGGGAAAGGUGUUCAUCGGACUAGGAGUGAUCAUACUCUUCAUCUGCCUCUUACUUGGCUGCAUAGGCCGGAGAAGAUACAAAGACGUGGAAGAACGCCUUAGAAGGGAAGUAAACGCAAUACGCAUGACACAACAACAAAGCAACACCUUGUUUCCGCACCCUGACAUGUAUCCAGGCCAAGCCGUCUUUCACACGAGGUCAUCCAUGCACGGCUCUUACCCUCAGAAUUACCCCGACCAGCCCACGGCGAGAUCUGAUUACACGCUGACACGCACGGGACCAAGAGAAGGCGAGGCGUACAUCACAGAGGAGAGAAGCCGGGCGGUGGAUAAGGAUAACAGAGGCGGCGCAAGAGGGUCUUAG